GUGUAUCCUGGUUCCUUCCCCAUACUGUCAGGUCAUUAUAUUUGGACCGGAAAAAUGGGAGAUAAACUACAUUUGGCAUUUGGAAUAGCAGGGAAUGUCACUAGUGUACUACUUUAUGCAGCACCAAUAUUAACUUUUAAAAGGGUCAUAAGGAAGCGAAGCACUGAGGGAUUUUCCUGUGUCCCUUAUGUUGUUACUCUAUUUUCAUCUCUACUGUACUUCUGGUAUGGGUUACCUAUUGUAAGCUGCAAGUGGGAAAAUAUCACUGUAGUCACUAUUUGUGGUUUAGGGGUACUUUUUGAGACCUCCUUUGUUCUCAUUUAUAUCUUGUUUGCUUCAGCAAGGACAAAGAGAAUGGUUAUUUUGAUGGUAAUGGCUAUGAUUGUGGUGCUCUCCAUUACGGCAUUAGUCUCAACAUUUGCAUUGCAUGAUCACCAUCACCGGGAGCUAUUCGUCGGGAGUAUUGGGCUUGUGGUCGCUAUUGGGAUGUAUGGUUCUCCAUUGGUGGUUGUGAAGCAAGUGGUACAAACAAAGAGUGUGGAAUUCAUGCCAUUCUACUUAUCCUUAUUCUCAUUUCUCAACAGUUCCCUCUGGGGGCCAUAUGGAGUAUUGGGUCGUGAUCCUUUCAUUGCGAUUCCAAAUCUCUUGGGUUGUCCCCUUGGUUUGUUCCAACUUGUGCUGUACUGCAUCUACAGGAAACGGGAAAUUCAUGAAGAGCCAAACGAUACAGACCUAGAGAAGAAUAGCAGCAAAACCGAAUUCCAGAAAAAUGUGAUUAACAAAUAAUCAUAUAUGAAAAUAAGAAAGAGAAAUUGCAGCAACUGAGAUG